GUCAAUAUGUUGAUUAUCUGGUAAAGGUCCAAGGGGUUAGAAAGAUUUUCGUGAAUGGAACAACUGGGGAGGGCAUGUCACUUAGUGUUGAAGAAAGAAAAUUGGUUGCUGAAGAAUGGAUUAAGCAAGGAAAGGGGAAAAUCUGAAUAUCCGCUCACUUUCAUCUGACUUCAAAGCCAAACUCAAUGCGCCUAUGUCAUUAGAAGAAAUAUCUACUGCAAUUUCUGCACUGUCCUCAGGGAAAUCUCCUGGACCUGAUGGGUUCCCUGUAGAAUUUUAUAAAUCAUUCUCUUCUCUUGUUUCUCCUCAGUUACUUUCAGUAUUAUCUGACUCGUUUAAUUACGUCAAACUGCCACCCUCUUUCAGUGAGGCAUCUAUUAUUCUUCUUUUAAAAAAAGGGCAAAGACCCAACAGAGUGUUCCUCGUAUAGGCCGAUCUCUCUGCUCAAUGUUGAUGUAAAGAUCUUAGCUAAAGUUUUGGCUCAUAGAUUAGGAACCGUCAUUCCCUCCAUUAUCUCUGAUGACCAAACAGGCUUUAUUAAAAACCGUUCCCCUUUUUUUAACAUUCGGCGUUUAUUUAAUAUCUUAUACUCACCUCCAACUGGGAUUCCUGAAUGUGUUAUUUCCCUCUAUGUGGAGAAAGCAUUUGAUCGUAUAGAGUGGAACUACCUUUUUGCAGUUUUAGAAAAAUUUGACCUUGGCCAAAGUUUCAUCUCUUGGAUCCAAUUGCUGUACCUGUGUCCUACUGCCUCUGUUUCAGAAAUCCGAAGUAUUUAAUCUCAAACGUGGUACCUGCCAGGGAUGCCCCUUAAGUCCCUUUCUCUUUGAUUUGGCUAUGGAACCUUUGGCGAUAGCAUUUUGAAACUGCCCUGAAUUGACUGGGAUUUGGAGAGGGGGUGUUGAGCAUAAAGUUUCUCUCUAUGCUGAUGACUUAUUACUCUUUCUCUCAAAUCCGUCUACAUCCUUACCUCUAAUGUUUUCACUUCUUGACCAGUUUAGCCAGAUCUCUGGCUAUAAACUUAAUUUACAUAAGAGUGAACUUCUCCCAAUUAAUAAAGAAGCACAAGAACUAACAUCUCAUGAUCUCCCUUUUAAAGUAGUCCAUAAUCAAUUUACUUAUCUUGGAAUUACAGUCACAAGGAAGUUUAAAGAUCUCUUUCGUGAAAACUUUGCCAACCUUUCAUAUGCUAUAAAACAGAGUCUGGUACAAUGGUCAUCUCUAUCUAUGUCUUUGGUAGGUCGUAUUAAUGUUGUUAAAAUGUAUGUUCUCCCCAAAUUUUUAUACCUAUUUCAAUCUAUCCCAAUUUUUAUUCCUAAAUCUUUUUUUGAUUCCUUAGACUCUAUUAUUUUGUCAUAUCUGUGGCAGAAUAAGCGCUCUAGAAUUAAUAAAAUCCAUCUCCAAAAAUCUAAAAAAGAGGGUGGCAUGGCUUUACCUAACUUUCAUUUAUAUUAUUGGGCAGCUAAUAUACGUUGUGCUACCUUCUGGUCUUUCUUCCAUGGCCAACCCGAAUGCCCUAACUGGGUGGUGAUGGAGCUGAGCUCCACCAAAGAAUUAUCUAUCUCUGCACUUCUUGGCUCUGCACUCCCGAGUAGUCUGCCCAGAUCAAUAGCUAAUCCUCUUGUUAGACACUCUUUGCGUAUAUGGGCUCAGAUCAGGAAAUGCUAUGGUUUCCAGGGGUUUUCCAUUUCCAGCCCUAUUGCUGAUAAUCACCUUUUUUUUUUACCUACUACAUACGAUUCAGCAUUCCAAGUUUGGUAUAGGAAGGGCAUUGGACAUUUUGAAGAUCUUUUCAUUGAUAAUCGCUUCGCUUCUUUUCAGCAGCUCUCUGUUAAGUUCAAUCUGCCCAAUGCUCAUUUUUUCAGAUAUCUCCAAAUCUGACACUUUGUUGCUCCUUUAAUUCCUAAUUUCCCUGAAAUGCCUGCGAAAAAUGCUAUGGACCUAUUUCUUUCCAUGAAUCCACUAGGUAAAGGCUUAAUAUCAAUCAUCCGAGAUAAACUAGCGGCCUUACGAUGGAUAAAAUCAAAAUGGCCUGGGAGCAGGAUUUAAAUAUCUCCUUAUCUGAGGAGAGCUGGGAUUCAGUUCUCAAAUCGGUUAACUCAACCUCUCUUUGUGCUCGCCACUGCCUUUCACAGUUUAAGAUUGUUCAUAGAGCCCAUAUGUCUAAAUCUAAACUAUCUCGAUUCUACCCUAGCGUUAGUCCACUCUGUGAUAAAUGCAAGAGGGGCGUGGCCUCUCUCAUCCAUAUGUACUGGUUCUGUCCUAGCUUGGAGAAAUUCUGGAAAGAUGUCUUCACUACGUUAUCGUGUAUUCUGAAUCAGCACCUAGAACCAAACCCCUUAAUUGCUCUGUUCGGUUUUUGGGGCAAGACAGAUUUAUGUCUGGGUCCGACCAAAUGCUGAAUAUUAUCCUUUGCCUCUCUUCUGGCUAGACGCUUGAUCCUCCUCAGAUGGAGAGAUGCUGCCCCGCCCACUCAUGCUCAAUGGCUUAACGACAUCAUGGCCUGUUUGGACCUCGAAAAAAUUCAUUAUUCAGUUCUCAAUUCGGAUCUAAAGUUCCAUAAGGUCUGGGGACCUUUUAUCGAGUACUUUCAUAACCUUCCUCUUGACUAGGGUUUUUUUUUCUUUUCGGUCCCUUGCUUUCAGCUCCCUUUUUUUUUCUGGUAGAAGGCAUUAUUAUCCCCUGUUGCUGAGUGUAUUCACAGUCUGGGAGCUUGGCUGUCCUGACUUAUACUCUCUAUAUUGUGUUGUGGUUGGUCUGGAGUUGCUGUUGUUUUUUCUUGUGUUGUGGGGCUUGGGGAGGACACUAAGCUUACUUGUCUUUAAUUUAGGUGCUUUUUUUUUUGCUAAAUUCUCUUCCUUUGUAACAUAUUGUUAUUGUAUGCUUAAUUUUGCACUGUUUUAAUGUUCCUCAUUGGGAUUUGGGGUUUUUAAUUUGUAAAAUGUUUUGAAAAACUAAUUAAAAAAAUUUAAAAAAAAAAGAAAUGUACACCACUCGUAUCCACAACUUUUAUCUCCUGGUAUAUUCUUGAGAUUACUGCUACAAUGAAAUGAUCAACUUCAGUUCGGAGGGCACAGUGGGCCCAGCGAUAGGAUUGCCUAAAAAUAUUUUGUUGAAGUGGAGAACGCAGAAUAUAGAACAGUACAAACCCUUUGGCCCAGUAUGCUGUGCUGACUUGUGGCCUAGUCUAAAAUCAAACUCAAUGUCCCCUCCUACAUAGUGCUCCAUUUUCCUAUCAUUCAUGUGCUUGUCUUGGUUUCUUGAAAUUCUAAUCUAUCUGCCUCUACCACCACCCUUGUCAGGGCGUCCCAACACUCUGUAAAGACUUUGACUUCCAGGCUUCAGAAUUUGUCUCCAUGCAUUCUCAACAGAUUAUAGAACUUAAUGAUUCCUGACUGGAUAAAUUAGAAUAAACCUUUGCAUCCCUGCUGUAUCUCACUAUUCAUCAGCCAGCAAGAGGAGGUGAUUCCAAGGACAUGCUUAUUCUCAUUAACGUUUGGCCCAUCAUUCAAUUUUUAACUCUGUUUGCAUGAGUGUUUACAAUUCUGAUCAUCCGAAAAUGCUAAGUAAAUGAGAGAUUUUUUUGGCUUUUGUCUUGAAAUGCCCCCCCCCCCCCCCAAUCACAAGUCAUUAUUUAGCCAAUUUCAAUUACUCCCCAUGAUGUCAGAAAGGAUUGAGUGCAGUGGAAAUAGAAACAGUUGUGUAUCAGGACAACAUUUCCAUUUGUAGACUUGUUUCAGAAUGAGCUGCACCUGUAUCCAAGCUUAUCCCAUCAUGUAUAAACCUUGAAUAUUGUCCAGUGUUACAUGUUUACAAAAGCCAGACAAACCAAAACCAAUUAAUCAACAGCUAAAUUAUUUUCAGUCCUUAGCAGAACAAUAGAAUGUGUCAUCAACAGUGAUAUUAAAUUGUACUUGCCAAUUACUUGAUCACCUUUGCCUAGCAUGUAGAUUACAAGAUUAACUCCAAGGUUCCUGGUCUAAUAAUCAAUCCAAGGCCUAAAUUCCAGAGAUGAGCUCUGGAUGUCAAGCCAUCACCUGACAGUUGAGCAUAGACUCUGAGGGGAAAAUGCUGUUUGAUCAUUUUUAUCAAGCAAUAUUGUUAUGGAUGCUGAGGAUCAAUAAUCUCAGGUUCAGUGUUUUUUUUGGGCCUGUGUCUUGGGAUCAAUUAUUUUCAGCUGUUUAAACAAUGCAUUCUAUUGUGUAAUGAGUGAUGGACAGACCUGAUGGACAAUGGGGUGCAGAGUUAACCAUUACCACCCACCCCCAUGAGAACUACGAACUAUUGCUGUUGCUACGCUGCUCAUGAGGGAGAGAUAAAGCCCAGACAAGAACAUCUGCAACAGAUAAGAGGGGGAGAGAGACUGUUGAUUGACUGUAUUAUGACUCUUCCUGGAUUAUUUACCUUCUACUACAAGGACUGUACUUUGCUUGUUAAUAUUCCUCAGGAGAUAGCAGGAGUGGCCUGAUUUGAUGGACACGGUCAUUCAGAGUUGAUGGAUAGCUGAGACCCCGUGAGUGGGGAUAAAAGACAGGUCUGGAGAGACGCCCUUCAGACACACCAGUGGACACUGACUGAGUGUUGGGAACCCACAGAAAGGUGGGGGUUUCGGAGACUGAACCAGGAGAUCUGUCAGUUAAACUCAGUGUUAUAGCAGGGCCGGUGGGGACUCGUAUAAGUGUCCACUCAGGCCAGAGUGACGAGUCCACCACAGAAGAACGGUCUAGCUGAAGAACAGAGGGGUCAUAACUGAAUGACCACAACGAUACGACGGAUUAAGAAAGCCACAGAAAGGUUUGCCUGCCGCAACUGUUGCUGUUACAUUUCACUCGCUCUCUCUCCAACGAUUUCAAUACAACAACCAUAACCACCUCAGCAUUUAUGAACUGAACUCUAUACUUUCCUAUGACAAUUCAUUUACCCCUAGACAUCGAUAGAGCUUGUUUAUUAUUGAUUAUUAUUAUUCCUACACUUUUAGGUUUAUCACUGCUAACUUGUUUUAUAUGUAUAUUUGCAUUUUUGAUAUUGUAUUGUGUAGUUUACUAAUAAACACCUUUAGUUUGGUACCACCAGACUCCAACGGAUUCUUCUUUCUUUGCUGGUCAGACACCCAGUUACGUGGUGCAUAACAAUUGUAAGAUCAGUAAUGAGCAUGUUCAAAAAUGAUUGCAUUAUCAAUUCCUU